CUGAGUUGUGCUCGCUCCACUGCUUCGAAGCUCAAACCUUUCCGAGUUUGGAAGAGAGGACGGCAUGGGCACCCCUGAACCAGAAGAAGAGGCACUUCUUAACCGUGAACAUGAGCUCCGUCUCAUUCGCUGUACCCUCUCUCCUUUACCCUCCAUGUUUCCCCCUCAGUCUUCACCGUCCGAGAAAGCUCCCAAUCUCGACGCUCUCAUCAACCAUCUACUCGCUUUGAUCGAGAGCGGCAACUAUUUUCAAGUCUUCAACUCCCAAGCUUCUAGGCUUGUCUUCCAACUUGGUGAUGAAUCGCCUUUCUUCUUUGACGACACGAUCGAUUGCGCCGACCGCCUUUACUCUGAGUUGCUGAAGCGCGCCGUGUCGUUUAUCGAAGUUAACUCGGCAAACGAUGCGGCAAAGGCUUCUAGGAUAAUGCUUGUGAUGUGCAUCGCGGUGGCUGCGUUUCUUGGGUUCUCACAAUGUAGCAUUACCGGGCCGUUGAAUGGGCUACCACGAUGUCCCCUGUCGCUGGAAACGGGGAAAGGCGAUGAAUAUCGAGAGUGGGACAGUUGGGCACGCAAUCAACUUAUGUCUGCUGGGUCUGAUUUGCUCGGGAAGUUCUCUAAUAUUCAGUAUAUAGUUUUUGCUAAAAUGUUGCUUAUGGGGAUGAAAGAUUUACUAUCUGGAGGAAUUCUCUCUCCCAAGAUUGGGUUUAGAAGCCUUUCUUGGUGGCUUGCAAGGGUUUUACUUCUUCAACAGAGAAUUUUGGAUGAGCGAUCUUCUUCUUUGUUUGAUCUUUUGCAAGUCCAUAUGAGUGAAGCUUUACAACAAUUUGGCGAUUCAGAAGCUGUUACUAGUUAUUGGGAUGCUAAUUUACGUGUUGGUGAGAGCUCUGCAGUUGUCUCCAUGAUUCAUUUGGAGGCUGGAAUUCUGGAAUAUGUAUAUGGACGGACUGAUUCUUGCAGGCAACAUUUUGAGUCUUCUCAGAUGGCAGCUGGGCUUCAGCUUUCAGUUACUGGGGUUCUUGGUUUCCGUACUUUACAUCAGGCUGAGCCAAAAGCGCAAAUGGUCCUUGUUACAAACUCAAGUCAAUCCAACAAUUUUGAUAACUGCUCCUUGAUGAACACUGGCGUCCAGACAUAUGAUUCCAGUCCUGGUGAAGCUAACCUGACUUUGCAGCAGAAUGACACCCGUGAAGUAUCUGAUGUCCUUGUUGUUCCUAAGCUGUUGACAACUGAUAAAUCUGGGAGUAGGUCAGAAAGAAUGGAAAUCGGUGCUAAUGGGACUGUCCAUUUGACAGCAAUUCAACAGGCAGUAGUUCUGGCAUACUGCCUUUUACUUGAGAAGAGCUCUCGACAUGAUGAGAUGCAGAGAUGGGAUAUGGCUCCUUACAUUGAGGCAAUCGAUUCCCAGCGUUUGUCACCUUUCACUAUACAAUGUUUCUGUGACCUCUUGCGGAUACGAUGGGAAUCAUCACGUAGUCGAACAAAGGAGCGUGCUUUACUGAUGAUGGAUAAAUUGGUCCAGAGUCUUUAUGAAGCUUCUCCAACAAUAACAGAAAGAAUUCCUUUUUGCUAUGGUGUUUAUAUGCCCUGUAUCCCUGCCUUAAGGAAGGAGUAUGGUGAGCUUUUGGUACGCUGUGGGUUGAUAGGGGAGGCAGUGAAAGUUUUUGAAGAUUUAGAAUUAUGGGACAAUCUUAUAUUCUGUUAUCGCCUGUUGGAGAAGAAAGCAACUGCUGUUGAACUUAUCAAAAAAUGUCUUUCAGAAAGACCCAAUGACCCUAGGUUAUGGUGUUCCUUGGGUGAUGCUACUGAUAAUGAUGCGUUCUAUGAAAAAGCUCUUGAAGUUUCAAACAACAGGUCUACUAGAGCUAAGCGCUCUCUGGCUCGUAGUGCGUACAAUAGAGGAGAAUAUGAAGCAUCCAAGAUUUUGUGGGAGUCUGCAAUGUCUAUGAACUCUAUGUAUCCUGAUGGUUGGUUUGCACUUGGGGCUGCUGCGCUAAAGGCUAGGGAUAUUGAAAAGGCUCUGGAUGGUUUUACUCGUGCAGUUCAACUUGAUCCUGAAAAUGGGGAAGCUUGGAAUAACAUUGCUUGCUUGCAUAUGAUCAACAAAAGAAGUAAAGAAUCUUUCAUUGCCUUUAAAGAAGCCCUCAAGUUCAAACGAAAUAGCUGGCAACUCUGGGAGAACUACAGUCGUGUAGCUGUUGAUGUUGGUAAUAUCAGUCAGGCUUUGGAAGGUGCACAAAUGGUUUUGGACAUUAGCAACAACAAAAGAGUGGAUACAGAAUUAUUGGAGAGAAUUAUGAGAGAGGUGGAAAGAAGGGUUUCAACAAGUCAUUCGGUGUCUCCUGUGGCAACUUAUAAUCCCCAUAAUGGACAUCAAGAUGAUUCUGAAUCAGAGAUUCUUGAGCAAGGAUCUGAUAUAUCUACUGAAGGAAGAUCAUGUGAAACUGAGCAAUUAGUGUUAUUACUUGGAAAAGUUUUACAGCGGAUAGUUAAAAGUGGGAAUGGAUCAACAGCUGAUAUCUGGGGCUUGUAUGCUCGUUGGCACAGAAUUAAAGGAGAUCUUUUAAUGUGUUCUGAAGCACUCUUAAGGCAAGUCAGGUCACUUCAGGGAUCUGAGACAUGGAAAGAUAGAAAUCGUUUUAAGAAGUUCGCUAAUGCAUCUUUGGAACUUUGCAAGUUAUACAUGGAAAUUUCGUCAUCUUCAAACAGCUGCAAAGAAUUGUUUACGGCUGAGAUGCACCUAAAGAACACCAUUAAACAGGCACAGAUCUUCUCUGAUACAGAAGAGUUCAGAGAUCUCCAGGCUUGCCAUGAUGAAGUGAAAACCAAACUCCAAUCAUUCAAUGCCUAAUUAUCAGUUGCAAUCUCUCCGAUGCAAAGCUUAUCUGAUACGGAGUUGCAGGGGUAUUAAGGUUUGCCAUGAAGUGAAAACCAAGAUUUAACCAUUCAAUGCCCAACUAAAAUCUAAUCAGAGAAGGCAUUCUUCAGUCUGUUAUCCAAGUUCUAAUGUCAAAGUUUCUGUUGACGCUGACGUUCGUUCCACUGAAUCGGCAAGCGUAUAUUGAAAACGGAUGUGCACAAGGGUCCGUCAACAGAGGUCAAAGGCUUGGUUUCAGAUGGAAAAGAUGGCAGGGAUAAGAUAUGAUUGAAAUGAUGUGAACCUGCACUUUGUAUGGAUCGCCGUGUAAUAUAUGGUUUCUUUAAAUUACAGGGAAAAUACUACAGCUGAUAGCAAAGGAAACAAUCAAAUUUGAUGGAUCAUUAAAUAACAACCCAGAAUCUAA